AUGGUGAAGCGCAAAACAUCCCUCAACAAGACUACCCGCACAGCAGCACACAUGACAGCUAAAAGACAACGACCAAGUGUUGACGUCGCACAUCAACAGCCACAACACCCCGAGGCAUAUGGUUAUGUCGAAGAACAUUUUACUCCACAAACCUGUAUAGGACCUAUGAACAAGAUCUGCCAGCACUGUCAAGCUGCUACAUUCACCAAUGAACCUCCUGGAUUCUGCUGCUGCAACGGGAAAAUUAAGCUCCCAUGUUAUCCACAGCCACCACCUUAUCUUUCGUCGCUACUAAAUGACGAUGAACAUUUUCUCUGCAAUAUCAGGACAUACAACUGUGCAUUCCAAAUGACCAGCUUUGCCUGCACAACAAGGCAACUAUCAGGCUGGAACCCUACAUUUACAGUCCAAAGGCAGGUUUUCCACAACAUUGGUUCCAUGUACCCUCAACCAAACCGCCCACCUCAGUUCCUUCAAAUUUACUUCAUUGACAACAAAGUAGAUGAAGUGAACACAAGGCUAUCAAUUGCAAAUCAGCUAAAACCUGAAAUAGUUGCAAAUCUACGAGACAUGCUCCAUGAACACAAUCAAUAUGUCAAAGCUUUCAAAACAGCUGCAGAUACCUUGCACAACAUCAAUGCUCCUGACUUAACUGUUGUCAUACAUGAGGAUAAACCACCAAGCAAUGAACAUGCGCGACGAUUCAACAUACCAGUAGCCAACGAAGUUGCAAUUCUCAUGCCCAAUGAGCCCACCGCCAGCAGGGAUAUAGUCAUACACCAACGUGAUGUUGAGAGUGAGCGUCUCCACUUCUUACGCCGUGAACAGAAAACACUGCGAGCUGAUAACUAUUCAAAUCUCCAAGACAGUCUGCUCACAGCAGAUUCCAAUCCAGCAAGCCUCGGGCAGAGGGUUGUACUUCCAGCCAGAUUCACCGGAGGACCCAGGUAUAUGCAUCAGAAGCAACAAGACGCCAUCACAUAUGUUCGAGAAUUUGGGCGACCUGACCUCUUCAUUACCACAACCACGAACCCCAAAUGGCACGAGAUUAUAGACAACCUACUUCCACACCAAACUGCUCCAGAUCGCCCGGAUAUCGUCGUGCGAGUGUUCAAUCAAAAGUUACGCAAACUCAUGCACAUGCUUAAAAAUGGCUGCUUCGGGGAUGUUCAGGCAUGGCUUUACUCUGUUGAAUUUCAGAAGAGAGGCCUUCCUCAUGCCCACAUCCUUAUAUGGUUAAACCCACAGUCAAAGGUCACUCCACAAGACAUUGACCUCAUCAUUUCAGCAGAAAUCCCAUCUCCAACAGAUACACCAGUCCUUCAUGAAUUAGUCAAGUCCCACAUGAUCCAUGGCCCAUGUGGUCCCAUCAACAGAAACAGCCCUUGCAUGAAGAACAAUCAGUGCACAAAGUCAUUUCCCAAACACUUCAUUGACACCACAAUGACAGGGCACGACGGCUACCCAAACUAUCGCAGACGCAUGGAAGAAGAUGGCGGUCACACCAUUAGCUUAAAGAAGAAUGUCAACCGCACCAUGCAACACAUCAUCAUCAGCAACCAGUGGGUGGUGCUAUACAACCCAUUCCUCCUACGCCAAAUGGACUCCCACACAAACGUCGAACUUUGCAUGUCAGUCAAAAGUAUUAAAUAUGUCCUCAAAUAUGUAAACAAGGGAAUCGACCAAGCCAUAUACAGCCUCCAGCAAGAUACAAGUGCACCUACGCCAACUGAUGAAAUUGCCCAAUACCAGCAUGCAAGAUACGUCGGCAGCACUGAGGCAGCAUACCGCCUUCUCAAACUUCUAGUCUAUGAACACUUCCCACCUGUAUGCCAUUUGGCUGUACACCUAGAAAAUGGACAACGCGUCUACUUUUCAGACACUACCACCGCACAAGAAUUAACCAACCGUCAGCCACCCAAAACUACUCUGACUGAAUUUUUCACCUUAUGUCAACAAGAUACCUUUGCAAGAACACUCACAUACCCGCAAAUACCACAGUAUUACACAUGGAACAACAACAAGUGGGUGCGCCGUAAGAGAGGAACCCCAGUUCCAAACCACCCUAGCAUUUUUAAAACGAGCUGCCUUGGUCGUGUAUACACGAUCUCACCAAGCCAAGGAGAAUGCUACUUCCUCCGACUCCUACUGCAUGAGAAGAAGGGGCCACAAAGUUUCCAACAUCUCAAACAAGUUCAAGAGGUUAUAUGUUCAACAUUCCGUCAGGCAUGCCUUUUGCUUGGCUUAAUUGCAGAUGAUAACCACCUCCACAAGGCUUUAUCUGAAGCCAACGAGUCAAGCAGCCCAGCCCAACUGAGGAACCUCUUCGCCAUUAUCCUCACAUCCUGUGAACCAGCAGACCCACCCAACCUGUGGGAACAGCACAAAGACAACAUGUCUGAAGAUUUAUUCUUUCCAUCCAGCCAACACAACCUCAACGACGACCAAAUUGCUAAUGUCUACAACUCCUGCCUGCUCCAGAUACAACGCAAAGUCCUCCAAAUAGGUGGCCAGCAACUACACAAAUAUGGACUCAAUGUUAACCACAACAAUGCUGAUUACGACACAAUUGAAUACAACCGGUACACCCAGUACUCAACAUCGGAACAACAAACCUUCUUAGCAGAAAAUGAAGACAAACUCACCAAAGAACAGAGGCACAUAUUCGACCUUUUCUGUGCAAAAGUGCACAACUCCCAGCCAGGCAUUGUCUUCCUUGAUGCACCAGGUGGGACAGGCAAAAGCUUUUUGGUUAACCUAAUCCUCGCACGUAUUUGCUCAGAAAAGAAAAUUGCCAUUGCUACAGCAUCAAGUGGAAUUGCAGCGACGAUUCUUACUGGAGGACGGACGCUUCAUGCCACAUUCAAAAUUCCCCUGGAUGUUCAUAUGCAAGACAUGCCUACAUGUGCCAUCAAAAAAGGCUCAACUCUUGCAAAGGUCAUUAUUAACUGUUCCGCACUCAUCGUUGACGAAGCGCCUAUGACCCACAAAGCAGCAUUCGAGGUCGUAGAUCGCACUUUACAAGACAUCCGAGGCAAUACCCAGCCAUUUGGAGGCAUCCCCACAUUACUUUGUGGUGAUUUCCGCCAAAUAUUACCAGUUGUCAAGAACGGUACACAAGCCAACAUCAUUGAAGCAUCAAUCAAAAGAUCUCACCUCUGGCAAUAUGUCCAUAUGGUACACUUUCACAAAAACCUGAGGGCACACCUAACAGGCGACUCAAACGCAACUGCCUAUUCACAUCUACUCAUGUCCAUAGGCGAUGGAACGUAUCCAGUGACUGAACCACCCAGCACAAUCUUCCUUCCUGACAAUCUGCAGACAACAAACGAUCAGGAACAACUCAUUCAAGCCAUCUUUAAAGACUUGCCUACAAAGCACACCAACAACCAAUGGCUAUUACAACGCGCAAUACUAGCGCCACUUAAUGACACUGUCGCAACACUGAACCAUCACAUCCUCAACAUGAUGCCUGGAGAACAAAUCACGUACAAAUCCUUCGACUCGACUCUAACUGUCAAGGAAGCUGUCCAUUUCCCUGUGGAUUUCUUGAAUUCCCUUAAUAUCGCAGGCUUACCACCACACAAACUUAACCUUAAACUUGGUUCCCCCAUCAUUGUCCUCAGAUCUUUAGACCCACCCAACAUUACCAAUGGAACACGUUGUCGAGUCACAGCCUGCCAUGCCAACGUCAUAGAAGUCGUCAUCCUACAUGGACCAGCAACCGGCAAAACC